AUGUCCGAUCCGAUCGCAGAUCUGUACGACGUUGCCCUUGGCCAUCUCGCUACGCCUCGCGAGCAUGGCUUCACGCACCACACAGAUUCCUUCACGCCCCCAGAGCUAUCCGUAGACGGCCUCGACGAGGUGCUCACGUGGCCGCUCUCGGACGCCCAAGCGGCCAAGCUCGCGGUGCUCUAUGGCCGUGACGCUACGACAACGGUCGUGCCGGGUCGAGCGAUCUCAGUCGACUCGAAGCCGGCGAGUAUAUACACGCCAGUGUCCUUUUACGAAGCCGUCCAAGACAAGCUGCUCCUGUGCGAGUGGAAUGGCCGUUUUGAACUCGCGCACCUCGUCCUCCAUGCCGCCGGGAGCACGGACACGAGCCUUUUGCAGCCGUCCGACGUCGACGGUCGCGCGUUUGCUCGGCUCAUUGUGCUCCUGCCGUCGCACUGUGUCGGCGGCAACAUCUCGCUCACGUACCACGACCAGGACGAGGAGUGGUCGGUGGCCACCGCCGCGCGCCCGCCGACCGGCCUGUCCUUUGCCGCCGCCGCCGCCUUCCUCUCAACAGUCGUGUCGUCGGACCCGAUCUCGGACGGACGGCGCGUCGCACUCAUUUACCAUCUCGUCAACGACAAGGCGACGCCGGACUGCAGCUUUGCCUCGGCGCCGCCCAGCCAAGCGUAUGCGCUCGGCUUCUUGCGCACCCUUGCCAAUGUUCCGUUCUUGGGAGCGGGGCGCGUCCUCUAUCGUCUGCAGCACGAUGUGGCGUUUGAUCCAACUGGAUUUAAGGCCCUCUCCAAAGCUGACACUGCUUUUGUGCGCGCGCUCGACGCGUCCGGGUGCUACGACUACGUGCUUGCCGAGGCGAGCUCGCACGCGUACCCGUAUGUGUUCUCAGUCAUUGCUCCGGACGGUGCCGACAUCCCGGCGAUGGUCCUCGCAGGCGCGACAGGGUUCGCGCACACGGUGCUCGGCAAGCCCAACCCGCACCCGCAACAUCGAAAGCUGUCGAUGCUCGCCUUUUGGCCAAGAUCGUACCGGCUGCGUCUCCUCGGCAUCAAGGCGGCGGUCGCGCACGUCGAAGCCGUCAUGCAAGGCGACGCCGAGCCGUCGCUGCUCGGGUAUUCCACCAAGAUGCAGCUCGUCGAGGCGCUCGUCUACAUGGUCGGCGCGCAGACAGAUUCCGGGUCCAAGUACCACUGGGACGGUGAACGACGGCCUGUGGCGGAACGAAACCCGAUGCUGAGCCAUUUUUGGUACGACAACAGUACGGACGCUGAGCCCAUGACCGCGCGCCUCCUUCAGAUCUUGUUGGAUUUAAACGACUUUCGGCUGCUCGACGUGUUUUUAACCCGAUUGAUGGAAAACGAAGUGCACCCCAAGAUGGAUCGCAUCUGGCUCAAGUUCCAUGCGUGCGUUGCACGGUUUGGCUACGACGCCCUCGCGCCCGCCGUGCAUCGUCUUCUAAAGCGCUGGGCCACGUCGUCCCGCACCGCCGCCGCGCAUGUGCCAUUCUGGCUUCUCGCCAGCCUCGCCGGCGUCGCCGCCGACCCCGUCUGCGCCGCACUGGAGCACCCCGAGGCACGCGACCGGAUUCAGUGUGCGUACCGCAUUCUCUGGGACCACUGGGACGUGCCCUCUCUCUUUCGAGAGCCCGAGACGAUUGGACGCUUCGAUGUAACGUGCUCGCUCGCCACGGACGCGCGUCUGCACCUCAUCAAAAACUGUCUCCUCCUUGAGGACUACUUGACGCGACGUGCACCGUCGCCGCUCGAGACAUGCCUGCCAGUGCCUGUGGUCGAUGCCAUCAACGAGUGCUUGGCACCUGCAUCGAUCCUCGAUAGCAUGCCCGACGACUACGCCGCGAUGACGUACAUUGCUGCCCCCGCGAUCGUUGGCCCUCGGCACCUACCGGUGCGUGCGCUGGCGUCCUUUGAGCAUCGCCUCACUGUCGUGGACUCUGUGGACGCGAUCCUCGGGAAUCUUCUUCUGCACGCGAUCUACUCGGACGCGGACGACGACGAACUGCUCGCGUACGUCGGCAGCUUGCGCUCGGGCAUGGGCUUUCCCACCUGCACGCUCGUUGCGGCCCUCUGUGCGUUUCUCAAGCUCCGGUCGGUUGCGCGGCGCACGCUGGAUGUCUUUGCGACCGUCAUUUGCCGCGUGACCGACUGCUUGUACACGCCGCGCGGCGAUGUGCUCGCGUACCUCUUGCCGCACUACUUCAACCGAUCGGACGUUGCGGUGCAGUACCCGACGUCGACUCUCUUUGCCGUGUGCGAGGCGCUUCUCGCGGAUGCGCUCGGCUUCUUCGCGACGUAUGCGCCGCAGCGGGCGCCAUUGCUUGUGCGCCAGGUCCGCUCGAUGGCCGAGCUGGCGUCCCGCAGUCGCCAUCUCGUGUCGCCGGCGGCCGUGCUCGUGCCGCUGCUCUCGGAUUUCGCGCAGCGGUGGCCGACACUGCCCUUGACGGUGCGCGAUCAGCUCGCCGACAUUGUUCGCCCGCUCGUUCAAGCCACGGCGGCCAAGGCCGGCGCACCGAUCCACGGGCUUCUUGGCGCGCGCUGCUUGUGCCCGAUGUGCAUCGCCGUGCGCGAGUUUCUCCGCACGCCGCAAUGGAGACUCGACAAGACCUUGUUUGCGCCGUGCCAAGACGCCGCGCGAGCGAUCGCAGACCUUCAGGCCGCAGGCUUUGUCGUCGACGACGACGACGACGUGUCCAAGGUAAUGACGACGCGUGACGACGAUGACGUGGGCGACACGGACGAGAAAGCGCUGCCUUCGUGGCAGCCGAUUCUGCAGGCGCAACUUCACCUCGCGGCGCUCGAUGGCCUCGCAUAA